AUGCCCAUGGAGACCUUCCAAAGCUCCGCAAGGCAACCGGCGAGGGCCGCGCUGGUGGUUUCACCGCCACGCUUGCGGCCCAAGGGCCCGGUGGGACCGGACUUCUACCGGAGGAUCCCAGCGGCGGCUUACGGGCCGAAGCAGAGUGCCGUCGAGAGGCUGGAGGCAGACAAGUCCAAAUACGUCAAGAGUCAGGUGGCUCUCUCCAGGCAGCGGCCCGUUGGACCCCCCGAGGUGCUCAAACCUCUGCUAAGCCCCAACACGCCCCUGCGCCCCACCAGGAAGACCCCCGCCCAGGCCAGGGCCAAGCAGGAGGGCGUCCAGCUGGACUUGGAGCACCUGAGCAACCUCAUCAGUGACGUCGCCAACGGGCCGCAGCCCGGCGCCGCCCCGGGGUGGAAGGACGGCCAAGCCCCCGAAUGGACAGCCCGCACGCAGCCCCCCCCCUCCAAAAGCAGCCCCCGGCAGAUUAAGGAGAAGCCACCCCCGCCUCCACGUCCAGACCGGCCUAAAGAGAGGUUAAAAGCAUGUGGGCCGGCCGCGGUGGACGGCCCAAGCUCCCCAGGGGCCGCGGCUGCUGGGACCGUCCGGCGAGUGGACGUCAUGCCUCAGACGGGCCCUGGGAGGGCGGCUGGCAGACCUCCUCAGUUCAUGCGGCCGCCCCUCCGCCCCAUGCCUUUACAUUCCAAGGUUUUGUUCCACCAAACUGUGUCUAACCUGCGCGUCUUCCAGCCCAGAGCAGCGCCCGGUCCCUCUCCUCUGAAGCCGGUGGCGGUUCCAUCCAAGCCCGACCCCGCCGCCGCUCCUCCUCCCCCUGGUGCCGCAGCCCCCGCUCCUGUCCCCCCCAGCCUCCCCGCCAUCCCGCCUCCCUCCCCAGCUAUCACCCGCCUGUCCUCCUCCAGCUCCAAGAAGCGCCGCUCGCUGACCCGAUCAAAGUCGGACAUGAGUGACCGGUACUCCCGCGCCGGCACCGAGCUGGAGCGCUUCUUCAACCUGUGCGGGCUGGACCCGGCCGACCUGCAGGACCUGACCGGCUCCAGCUCUGACAUCGUGUCACUGGCUCGCUUCCGCAGCGUCAGCGCUCCGGGGUCCGAGUGCGCCGGCUCCGACAGGGAAGGGGAGGACGAGGAAGAGGAGGAGGAGGAAGUCGCUGGCAAUGCUGCAGGCCGUGUUCCUUAUGGUAUUUCUGUCAUCGAGAGAAAUGCAAGAGUGAUCAAAUGGCUCUAUGGACUCCGGCAGGCCAAGGACAGCCCCACCAAAAGCACCCAUCUCAAUGGUCACAGACUUCAUUAUGUGGCAGCACACAGCAUAGUUCUUUUCCUGCUGAUGGGCUCAGAGGGGAUGGAGGCGCAGCCCCACGCGCUCACAGGAAGCUGUGGCCGUUCAACCUGCGGCUCACCUGAGUCCUUCUCUCCCAGCCACCCGACCAUGACUUGCUUUGGGAACUUUACCAACCAGCUCCAGAGAGUGAGGAAUCUCCUAUGGAAGCAGAACGAGGAGCCAUGCGGCGGCGGUCAGCCGACAGGCUCAGCUGGGAUCCCUGUGGUCAGGAAGGUGUGUUAUGCUGUAGGUGGGGUCCCAUGUCAGAUGGCCGCAGCAGCCAUUGGUAUUUCCCUGCAGAUCUUCCUCCUGGACGUUGUCAAGAUGGAGGCCAUGUACGUGUCCAUGAUCCUGUUUGCGAGUCGAGCCUGGGAUGCUGUGACGGAUCCUCUGGUUGGAUACCUGGCCAGCCGCAGCAACUGGACACCCAUUGGCAAACUCACGCCAUGGCUGGUCAUCUCCACCCCAUUUGCCGUCCUGUCCUAUGCCAUGCUGUGGUUUGUGCCCACAGACUCCAUGUCAGAGGCCGGCUGCGUGCUCUGGUUCCUCAUGGCGGCCUGCCUCUUUGAGACACUCAUGAGUUGCUACAACGUCCCGUACCUCUCACUGAACAUGUUCCUGGGUGGACAUCAGAGGGACAGAGACUCCGCCACAGCCUACAGAAUGACUGUGGAGAUGUUGGCGAUGCUGCUGGCUUCAGUGAUUCAGGGCCAGGUUGUGUCGGUGUACGGCAGGGAGAAGCAGGAAGCCUGUGAGCAGCUGGACCAGGCUGCCAGCGCACCACCCGGCACAUCUUCACCACAAACCGUGUCGCUACAGGAAACGCAAAAGGCCUUUCUGUCCUCUGCUCUGGCCAUGGGCAGCUUGUUCUUCCUCUGCAGCCUGGUUCUCUUCUUCGGUGUGAGGGAGCAGAAGGCUCCCGUCUGCUCUGAUGACAAAAGGCAGCCAUCAUACCUGAGCUCCCUGAAGAUGCUGAUAUGCCACAUUCCUUACCAGAGGCUUGUGCUGGGCUUUGUGUUCAGCGUACUUGGAUUUCAGAUGUCUUUGGGCAACUUUGCACUGUUCUGCAGUGAAGCAGCUGGUCUGGGAUCCCAGUUCCAGCUCCUCCUGCUGGUCUUACUGGUUUCCGCUUCAUUAGCAGUUCCCCUGUGGCAAAUGGUUCUUCUGAGAAUUGGGAAAAAGACCACACUCUUCGUUGGACUAUCGCUCUUCAUCCCAGCAGCCAUCGUUGUGGCCUGUUUCCCCAGUAACCUGCCAGUCUUUAUGACCAUGUGCGUUCUGAUGGGAUUCAGCAUAGCGACCAUGUUCUUGUUACCCUGGUCAAUGCUCCCAGAUGUGGUGGAUGACUUUGCUUUGAAGCACCCUUCCUGUAAAGACCUGGAGCCUCUGUUUUUCUCUGGUUAUGCUUUCUGCAGUAAGCUGGCGGGGGGGCUAUCUGUUGGACUGUCAACCAUGACAUUACAGAUUGCGGGCUACAAGGCAGGUGCAUGUAACCAUGGUGAUGGAGUGGCGAUAGCUCUGAUUGUGCUGUUCGCGCCAGUCCCCAUCGUGCUUCUGCUUAUAGGGAUGGUGUUCUUUUGCACAUAUCCAGUCAAUGAGAGGCAACGCUUACAGCUCCAGGAACAACUCCACUCAGAGGUACCGCCAACAUCCUCACCAGUCCCAGAGGAAUGCCUCGAGCCAGCAAUCUUGCAGGAAUCAACUGUCGCUGUGGUAUCAGCGUCAGACUCCAACCCGAAGACCAGCUCUCUGAACAAAUCCCACUCCUUUCCACGCUCUUACCGACAUCAUAAAAACGGCUCACUUAAGUAUUCCAUUCGUUCAAACGGCUCACUUAAGGAUUCCAUUCGUUCAACCGUGUCACAUAUACCUUUUGGGGAAAAUUGCACGUCAUCGCCACAUGUUGUUUCCGAGAGAAAUCCUAAGCCUCAAAGACAGAGUCUGAAAGGGCCCUCAGCAGAAGGUGCACCGGGGGUUCAUCUCUCUGGGAACCCGGCUGAUUCUUGCAAAAGGUCACAGGUGCGCUCCAGAGUGUCGUGGGUAUAGAGGGCUCUGCCACUGGGAUCCAGAGAAAGUAGACUGGGAUGUAAACACCUGCAUGACUCGCCAUGCUGCUUGCACUCAUUAAAAUAACAGGUAGCAGUAUAAUUAAAAAAAAAUCUAGAGAACACACUUCACUUUCUAACGUAUGAUAGCAGAGAUAAAUGUAUUUUUCAGUUUUUUUUCUUUUAAAUAUAUCUUGUGACAUUGAAACAUAUAAGGUAGCAGUAUAUCAAUUCUAGGGCCUCAGAUUGAGAGCUCUUGGAUACCUGUUGAUUAGAGAGCUUUGUUCUAUUUGCUAUUUGCUCUAUUUUAAUUUACUAAAUGUGAUCAUUUUGGCAGUUUUUGUUUUUACACUAUUUGUGACUUUCAUAAAUAACAAGCCCAAGAAAUCAGAACUGUCAACUUGCCGAGUUAAAGCUGAAUAAAGAAGCCAGUGAGCAAAAAGGGGUCUUUAUUUUGGACUGAAAUUGACUGAUUUGCCCUCUGGAUGUAGAAGAACUCUUUUGACCAGCUUUUUGCUCUGCAAACACAU